AUGCACGGGCGUCCUCGUGUUCCUUUAGGAACUCCAGAGGACCCGGAGAAAGCCAAGGCAAGCAAGCAAAGGCUUGCGCUCUUCAGCAGACUGAGCAAUGAAGUGCUAUCGCGGCGAGCAGCUCGGCGGUAUGACCCAGAGUCCCUGGCGCUGGCAGCGAAGCUGCUGGAGCAGAACCCUGAGGUGUACACUGUCUGGAACUACCGCCGAGAGGCUCUGAAGGACACCCUCCAGGGAGAGCAUGGGUCUGAGGCAGCGGAUGCGGCAGUCAAGACAGAGCUGCAACUGACAGAGACGGUCCUGCAGAAGAACCCCAAAUCCUAUGCUGCCUGGCACCACCGCCGGUGGCUGGUGGAGCUUGGAGUCGUCUCCCUCGAGCGUGAACUCAAGAUCGUUACAAAGCUGCUGGCUGUGGACGCGCGCAACUUCCACGGCUGGGCGUACCGCCGCUUCGUGGCGGACCGCGCGUGUGUACCGCCUGAGGAGGAGGAGGCCUACUCCAUGGAGUGCAUCAACGCCAACUUCAGCAAUUUCUCCGCCUGGCACGCGCGCACCGUGCUGCUGCCCCACAUUCACGCCGCGCAGCCCACCACCACCCUCGCCGAUCUGCUCGCUGCAGACCAACGGCCCUCAGACGCUGCGCCUGCACCAGCCGCUGUUCCCGGUCCGAUACCCCGCUGGGCGCUGGGGCAGGAGUUGGAUCUGGUGCAGCAGGCGACCUUCACAGACCCGGAGGAUCAGAGCGCGUGGGUGUACCACCGGUGGCUACUCAGCCAGCUCAUGGCACAUGUCCCUGCAUCUGGCGGCAAGGGGCAGGCUUCGCAGCAAGAGGUGCAGGAAAUAAAGGACGUGGUGAGCCGAGAGAUCACUCGGUGCGAGGUGCUACUGGAGAGCGAGCCCGACAGAAGCAAGUGCAAGUGGCCCAUACUGACUAUGGCACGACUGCUGGAGCUGCGCUCCAUGCUGGACAGCGGUGAAGGGGUGGAGCAAGAAGGCUCUGCCCAGCAGCAGAUCAGGGACUUGUACACAGAGCUGAUGGAACUUGAUCCGAUGCGCAGAGGGUACUACAAAGAUGCUCUUGAAGGAAAGGCAGCAGUGGUCACAAGGCCGGUGUAA